CGUCAGCUGUCACUCGCCUUGUCUCACUGCAGGAGUGUUUGUCCACCACAGACAAUGUCCUACGUUUUUGUGAACGAUUCUUCACAGACUAACGUCCCCCUGCUCCAAGCCUGCAUCGAUGGAGACUUCACCUAUUCCAAGCGGCUUUUGGAAAGUGGCUUCGACCCAAAUAUCCGCGACAGCAGGGGCAGGACAGGCCUUCACCUCGCCGCGGCUCGGGGCAAUGUGGACAUCUGCCAGCUGCUGCAUAAGUUCGGGGCUGACCCACUGGCCACAGACUACCAGGGCAACACGGCCCUCCACCUGUGUGGCCAUGUGGACACGAUCCAGUUCUUAGUUUCCAAUGGACUCAAAAUUGAUAUUUGCAAUCAUCAAGGCGCUACCCCCUUGGUCCUGGCAAAGCGCCGCGGUGUGAAUAAAGACGUCAUCCGGUUGCUGGAGUCCUUGGAAGAGCAGGAGGCAAAAGGGUUUAACAGAGGCGCGCACUCGAAGCUGGAGACCAUGCAGACAGCGGAGAGCGAAAGUGCCAUGGAGAGCCAUUCUCUGCUCAACCCCAACCUCCAGCAAGGCGAGGGGGUCCUGUCCAGCUUCCGGACCACAUGGCAGGAGUUCGUGGAGGACCUGGGCUUCUGGAGGGUCUUGCUCUUGCUCUUGGUCAUUGCUUUACUGUCCCUGGGCAUUGCCUACUACGUGAGUGGGGUGCUGCCCUUCGUGGACAACCAGCCUGAGCUGGUGCACUGAGGGCUGCGGGGAUCGGGCAGGGGCCUGUGUGUGGCCUCCAGCUCUGAGCCUCUGUCUUAGCACAAGGCGUGAGGGCUGCCUGGCUUUCG